AUGCUGGGCAGAUUUUUUGAGUUUGAAGUGUCCGAGCAAGAGAAUUACGAUUUGCGAUUGCCGACGUUUGACGAGCAUCUCCUCAAUGCCAUCAGCUACUACAACAUGGCAGCGAAUGUGUAUUUAGAGUUUAAGCAACCCCACUUGGCAUCCGGGGUGUGUUUGGAAGUGGGGAACGCGCUUCGGGCCGCCGGUAAACGUAGCGAAGCCCUGGGCUAUUUUCUUCAAGCUGCCGAAAUCGAGUCCAAGUUCCCACUGAGCCACUUGUUGGCGUGUCAAGCAGUUGUUGAAUGUUAUGUAGACCUCGGGGAUCACGAAAUGGCUUUGAACACGUUGACGGAAAUGGGCCAGAGUCUCGAAGAGCAAGGCGGCGAACAACCGGCGUUUUUUGAGAUGCAAAGCGACGUGGAAGUCACCUCGCUACUCAUACUCCUGUUGCUUGAAUAUCCCAAAGCCCAUUUGAAAACUGAGCAUCGUAAAAUAAUGCUCAAGUUCUCUCCUGACAACGAUGAUGUGGGUUCAUGUGUUCACUCAGGUUCAGACGCCGAGAACGAUCGAAGACUUCUAUUGCAGUCACUAGUUUUGGCUAUGGAGAUGAAGCACUUCGAAUCUCUCAAGGAAACCGAAACGCAACUUUCGAAAUAUUUGAACAAAACGCAGGCCGAUAUUCUUCACCAUAUUGUUUUCACGAGCAGAAAUCGUUUCAAUCUUGGAACCAGUUGAGGAUUGCUGAGUCCUUCGUAUUGUGUCUCGAGGCUUCUGAGGAAGAAUAAGAGGAUCACUGAAGUGUACCAUACUUUUUUUGUCAUUUUGUUGGAGAUAUCUUGGUUUGAUUUUUUUUUACGUCGCCUGAACGGUGUGAGAAUAAAACAAUGGGUGAUGUUUUUG